UUUUUUUUAAAUGCUCUCUGUGACAUCUGACCGCACGUGACAAAUCAGCUGAUUGAUGGCUAAAGAAAACAUGGUUCAUUUUUCUGUACAACCUCAAGAAAAUAAUAAAAAUAAUAAAAAUAACGAAAUGGACGUUGAAAAUGAAGAUGAUUCCUUAAAUCCAGAAGAAUAUCAAGCGUUAAACAACAAAUUAGAUCAGUUGAAUUCAGUUUUGGAUUCUCUGGAAAGGAAAAAUGACGAUAUUCAUGCGGAGUUGAAGAAUUUGUUAGAAUCCAAUCGAAAAUUCCGAAAGCAAAUUCAGGAAUCAAGUCAAGAGUAAUUAAUUUUUAAUGUUACUAAUUCAAUAAUUAUAGCUAAUUUCUGCAAAAAAAAUGUAAGAGUAAAAUCUCAGAAAACAAGUAUUGUAUUUUAAUUUAUCAGAAUGUAAAAAAAAAGAAUUGCUUCAAGCAAUUUUAAUUUAA